CGGAGCGGCGGCGCCUGGAUGCGGACCCGGCCGCGGGCGGACGGGCGCCGGCCCCGGAGCGACUUUCGGUUCCCGACGCGCCCCGCCCGACCCCUACGAUGAAGAGGGCGUCCGCCAGAGGAAGCCAGCUGCUGGCCUGGGUGCUGUGGCUGCAGGCGUGGAGGGUGGCGGCGCCCUGCCCAGGCGCCUGCGUGUGCUACAGCGAACCCAAGGUGACCACCAGCUGCCCGCAGCAGGGUCUGCAGGCUGUGCCCGCCGACAUCCCGGCCGCCAGCCAGCGAGUCUUCCUGCACGGCAACCGCAUUGCGUACGUGCCCGCCGCCGGCUUCCGCGCCUGCCGCAACCUCACCAUCCUGUGGUUGCAUUCAAACGCGCUGGCCCACAUCGACGCGGCCGCCUUCUCCGGCCUGGCGCUCCUGGAGCAGCUGGACCUCAGCGACAACGCGCAGCUGCGGGCUGUGGACCCCGCCACGUUCCGGGGCCUGGGCCGGCUACACACGCUGCACCUGGACCGCUGCGGCCUGCGGGAGCUGGGCCCCGGCCUGUUCCGCGGCCUGGCCGCCCUGCAGUACCUCUACCUGCAGGACAACGGGCUGCAGGCACUUCCCGACGACGCCUUCAGCGACCUGGGCAACCUCACGCACCUCUUCCUGCACGGCAACCGCAUCCCCAGCGUGCCCGAGCGCGCCUUCCGCGGCCUGCACAGCCUCGACCGCCUUCUGCUGCACCAGAACCGCGUGGCGCGCGUGCACCCGCACGCCUUCCGGGACCUCGGCCGUCUCAUGACGCUUUACCUGUUCGCCAACAACCUCUCCGCGUUGCCCGCGGAGGCCCUGGCGCCCCUGAGGUCCCUGCAGUACCUGCGGCUCAACGACAACCCCUGGGUGUGCGAUUGCCGGGCGCGCCCGCUCUGGGCCUGGCUGCAGCAGUUCCGCGGCUCCUCGUCAGAGCUGCCCUGCAGCCUGCCCGCGCGCCUGGCCGGCCGUGACCUCAAGCGCUUGGCCGCCCCGGAUCUGGAGGGUUGCGCCGUGGCCUCGCGGCCGGCCCCUCCCAUCUGGACCGGCGGGCCUGCCGACGAGGAGCCUCUGGGGCUGCCCAAGUGCUGCCAGCCGGACGCCAUGGACAAGGCCUCGGUGCUGGAGGCUGGGAGGCCCGCCUCGGCCGGCAACGCUCUCAAGGGACGAGUCCCACCCGGCGACAUCGCACCGGGCAACCGCUCUGGCCCCCGGCACAUCAACGACUCGCCCUUCGGGACCCUGCCGGGCUCGGCGGAGCCCCCCCUGACCGCGGUGCAGCCUGAGAGUUCUCAGCCCCCGGGCUCCCCCACCACGGGCCCACGAAGGCGGCCGGGCUGUUCCCGCAAGAACCGCACGCGCAGCCAGUGCCGUCUGGGCCAGGCGGGCAGUGGGGGCGGCGGGAGCGGCGGGGUGGAGGGCUCAGGCGCCCCACCCGGCCUCGCCUGCGGCCUCGUCCCCCUGGCUCUGACGCUGGUGCUGUGGACGGUGCUCGGGCGCUGUUGACUGGCCCCCGAGCGCAAGGCCUCACUCAGCAGCUGGGUGUGUGUACAUACGGGGUCCCCUCGCACCACCAGCCAGCCGGCCGCCCGCCCUCCCUAGCGGCGCUGCCCACCGUCCGCCUGCCUGCCCUCCCCAUCUCCACCCGUCAUGUUUACAGGGCACGGCGGGGCGUUUGUUCCAGAACGCCGCCUCCCGCCCGGAACGCAGUAUAUAGAGAUAUGCAUUUUAUUUUACUUGUGUAAAAAUACUGGACGAUGUGGAAUAAAGAGCUCUUUUCGUAA